GCAGUAUUGUUGACUAUCAUUGCCAAUUGUAUAGUUUUAGCCUUGGAGGAGCACUUGCCCAAUGAUGAUAAGACGCCACUAGCACAGAAAUUAGAUCAAACAGAACAAUACUUCUUAGCGAUAUUUUGUGUAGAAUCUUUAGUAAAGAUCUUAGCGUUAGGCUUUGUACUUCAUAAAGGAUCGUACCUGCGGAACGUGUGGAACAUCAUGGAUUUCAUCGUAGUUGUCACUGGGUUCAUAACAUCUCAGGUAUCUGAGGAAAUAGAUCUGCGGACGUUGCGGGCGAUUCGUGUACUGCGACCACUGAAAUUGGUUUCUGGGAUUCCCAGUCUCCAAGUGGUUCUCAAGUCCAUCAUCAAAGCGAUGGCACCUCUGCUACAAAUUGGCCUUUUGGUGCUUUUUGCCAUCGUUAUAUUUGCCAUCAUUGGCCUUGAGUUCUACAGUGGUGCUUUACAUAAAACCUGCUAUCUGAUCGCAGAUCUGGAUGUAAUAUAUAAAGAAGGAGAAGCGGAAACACCUUGUUAUAAGGGGGAGAAUGCCCCUUAUGGAACUCGAAGCUGCCCGCAAAAUAUAUCUGUGUGUCAAGAAGGAUGGGACGGGCCAAACCAUGGCAUUACGAGUUUUGAUAACAUCUUUUUUGCCAUGCUGACGGUAUUUCAGUGCAUCACCAUGGAGGGGUGGACAGCUAUGUUAUAUUGGACGAAUGAUGCAAUGGGGAGUUACUUCAAUUGGAUUUAUUUCGUACCCCUCAUCAUCAUUGGGUCCUUUUUUAUGCUCAAUUUAGUACUCGGUGUUCUUAGCGGAGAAUUUGCGAAAGAGAGAGAACGUGUAGAAAAUAGACAAGAAUUUCUAAAACUUAGAAGAGCCCAGCAAUUAGAAAGAGAGCUUAAUGGAUAUGUGGAGUGGAUAUGUAGAGCAGAGGAAGUCAUCCUAAAUGAAGAAAGAACAACAGAGGAAGAAAAGAUGCUAAUUAUGGAAGCUCGACGGAAAGCUGCAGCAAAACGAAAAAAAUUAAAGGGCAUGCGUGGUCAAAGUGAGGAGGAGGAUGAAGAGGCAGAUGAUGAAGCAUCAACUGCAAAGUUAAAACAGAAAGGCAUUUCAAGAUCUCCUUAUUUGAAGCCAUCUUUAAGAGAUAGGGGAAAAUGUAAAAAAUUCUGGAGAGCAGAAAAGAGACUUAGGUAUUCCAUUCGUAAUGCAUCCAAAUCACAAACAUUUUAUUGGGUUGUUAUUGUCCUUGUAUUUUUAAAUACUGUGUGUGUAGCUGUAGAACAUUAUGACCAACCUAAAUGGCUGGAUGAUUUUUUAUACUAUGCAGAAUAUGUAUUUUUGGGACUUUUCAUUUCUGAAAUGCUUUUGAAGGUUUAUGCCCUAGGACCUCGCAUUUAUUUUGAAUCUGCCUUUAAUCGUUUUGACUGUGUUGUUAUUUGUGGUAGUAUAUUUGAAGUUGUGUGGUCCAGUGUGAAAGAGGGAUCAUUUGGUCUUUCUGUUCUCCGGGCAUUGAGAUUGCUCAGGAUUUUUAAAGUUACAAAGUAUUGGUCGUCCCUUCGUAACUUAGUUAUAUCAUUGCUCAACAGUAUGAGAUCUAUCAUCAGUUUGUUGUUUCUGCUCUUCCUUUUUAUACUAAUAUUUGCACUUCUUGGAAUGCAGUUAUUUGGGGGAGCUUUCAAUUUUCCUGAAGGCACACCUCCAGCAAAUUUCAAUACAUUUCCUAUUGCCUUGCUUACAGUAUUUCAGAUACUAACUGGUGAAGAUUGGAAUGAUGUUAUGUACAAAGGAAUUGAAUCACAAGGAGGAAUUGAAGGAGGAGGCAUGGUGUAUAGCUUAUAUUUUAUAGUAUUAGUACUGUUUGGGAACUACACUCUUCUGAAUGUAUUCUUGGCUAUCGCUGUCGACAAUUUAGCCAAUGCUCAAGAACUUACAGCAGCUGAGGCAGAAGAAGCUGAAGAUAGAGCCAAAGAACUGGAUAAAGAAUUGAAGGAAUUGCAAAUGUCUAGUGAUCCUCCUCAAGUAAACAUUUGCCCUCCUUCGCCUAUGAAUAAUGCAGAAAAAGGAAAGAAUUUCAGUUUAGAAAAAGGUAGCAAUGAAAAGGUUAAUAUGAAUGAUGAUGAAGAGAAAGGUAAUCCUAAUGAUGAGAAUGAAGAAAAAGAAGAAGUUAAAGUCCCCAAGCCAAUUUUGCCCUAUUCUUCCAUGUUCAUCCUUUCACCUACAAAUCCGAUCCGCGUUGCAGCUCAUUAUGUUGUGAAUCUUCGUUAUUUUGAUUUAUUCAUCAUGAUCAUCAUCACACUCAGUAGUAUAGCAUUAGCGGCAGAAGAUCCAGUUGAAGAAAAUUCUCCUAGUAAUGAAAUUUUGAAUUACUUCGAUUACGCUUUCACUGGAUUUUUUGCAAUAGAAAUGGUUUUAAAGGUGGUCGAUCAAGGUGUCAUUCUUCACCCAGGAUCCUAUUGUAGGGAUCUGUGGAAUAUUUUGGAUGCUAUUGUUGUCAUUUGUGCUCUUGUUGCCUUUGCCUUUGUUGAUAGCAGUACUGGUCAAAAUCUUAGCACUAUUAAAUCUCUGAGAGUUCUUAGAGUUCUCAGACCGCUCAAGACCAUCAAAAGAGUACCUAAACUAAAGGCUGUAUUCGAUUGUGUUGUUACAUCACUAAAAAAUGUCUUCAAUAUUCUCAUUGUGUAUAUUUUAUUUCAAUUCAUCUUUGCUGUGAUAGCUGUUCAGUUGUUUAAUGGAAAAUUUUUUUACUGCACUGACCAGUCUAAGCUCACUGAAGCAGCAUGCCAAGGGGAGUUUUUUGAGUUCAGUGGCAGUGAUAGCCCACCAGAAGUUUGUAAACGAGAAUGGAAGAAAAGAGACUUUCAUUACGACGAUGUUGCUGCAGCCAUGUUGACACUCUUUACCGUACAAACUGGGGAAGGGUGGCCUUCGGUGCUACAGCAUUCUAUGGAUUCUACAUAUGAGAAUGAAGGUCCUCUUCCUAGGUUUCGUGUCGAAAUGGCUAUCUUUUAUAUAGUUUUCUUCAUAGUUUUUCCAUUUUUCUUUGUUAACAUCUUCGUGGCCUUAAUUAUUAUCACCUUCCAAGAGCAAGGAGAGAAAGAAUUGGAAGAAGGUGAUCUGGACAAGAAUCAGAAAUCUUGCAUUGAUUUUGCCAUACACGCAAAACCUUUGGAGAGAUACAUGCCACCAAAUAAAGAAGGAGUGAAGUAUCGGAUUUGGGUUAUGGUAGACUCUACUCCAUUUGAAUAUUUCAUCAUGUUUCUUAUUGUGUGCAAUACUCUAUUGCUUAUGAUGAAGCAUAACGAUGAAAGUGAUGUCUUUGAAACAACCUUGAAGUAUAUGAAUAUGACCUUCACUUCGCUUUUCUCCCUUGAAUGUUUGCUCAAGAUGGUGGCAUUUGGAGCCCGGUACCACAACGCAAGCAAUUUGUAUCUAGACAUUUUAAGCUACUUGAACGAGGUUUUCACGUCUAUGUUCCUGCUAGAAUGUGUACUGAAGCUUGUGGCUUAUGGAUGCAAGAAUUUUUUUAGAGAUCCAUGGAACACUUUCGAUUUCAUUACUGUUGUUGGAAGUGUUAUUGAUGUUUUGGUUAUGGAACUUGGGACAAUUCUGUCAAAACAGAUCAGCUUCUUCAACGUGGGAUUUCUGAGGUUAUUUCGAGCAGCUCGGUUAAUCAAGCUUUUAAGGCAAGGAUAUACUAUACGGAUUUUGCUCUGGACAUUUAUACAAUCUUUUAAGGCUCUUCCAUAUGUAUGUUUGCUGAUUGCUAUGUUAUUCUUCAUUUAUGCCAUUAUUGGAAUGCAGGUAUUUGGUAAUAUUGCUCUCAACCCUGAACAGCAAAUUACUCGUCAUAAUAACUUCCGUUCAUUCUUUCAAGGACUAAUGCUACUUUUCAGGUGUGCUACUGGUGAGGCAUGGCAAGCAAUAAUGUUGUCAUGCAUUAAAGGAUCUCCCUGUGAUGAACGUUCAGGAAAGGGUCCGAAAGAAUGCGGGAGUAACUUAGCAUAUGCUUAUUUUGUGAGCUUCAUAUUUUUCUGUUCAUUUUUAAUGCUGAAUCUUUUUGUUGCUGUUAUUAUGGACAAUUUUGAUUAUCUUACUCGAGAUUCUUCAAUUCUUGGAGCACAUCAUUUAGAUGAAUUCAUUAGAAUGUGGGCAGAAUAUGAUCCCCAGGCAACUGGUUGGAUUCAUUAUACAGAAAUGUAUGAUAUGUUACGUAACAUGGAUCCACCUCUAGGGUUUGGAAACAAGUGUCCUUAUCGAUUAGCAUACAAGAAACUCAUCAGAAUGAAUAUGCCUCUUUCUCCUGAUUUAAAAGUUAACUUCACAACUACUUUAUUUGCCUUAAUAAGAGAAAAUCUUAGUAUAAAAAUCAGACCAAUUGAUGAAAUGGACCAAGCGGAUAGAGAAUUGAAAGAAACAAUUCGAAAAAUAUGGCCAUUGCAAGCCAAAAAAGCAAUCGAUAAGCUCUUACCACCUGAUGAUGAUUUGCAAGGUAUCAAAAUAACAGUCGGAAAAAUUUAUUGUGCUUUGUUAAUAUUAGACAAUUGGCGAACAACUCGAUUUGGAAAAAUAAAUACUGGACCGCGAAUUCAAGAAAAGAGUCCUACGCCUCCACCUGAUUCUCCGCAACCUUCAAUACUUUCUCGUCUGAUGGGAGCUGUAUGCAACUCCAACUCUCGUAACAGUCAUGCACGCUUCAAUGUAGAUAGUUAUUUUGAGGAUGACAAAAGUCAGCUUUCUCGGUCUCCAAGGGGAUCAAUUUUACAGUCAAAUUAUAGCUUGGAAAAAAUUCAUGAAGAGGAAAAACCCUGGCAAAGAUCAUUUAGUUUCUUGCGGAGAGGCAGUAGUCGUAAAAAGAAAUAUUAUGAAAAAAACCAACAGGGAAUGGAAUUACUUGGAAUUGAUAAUUCAUCUAGAAGACCAUCAGCUAUUAGCCUCCGUGGAGCAUCUCCUAAUAGAGGAAAUGAUGGUGAUCACUUACGACCAAAUGGAUUUAGAAGGUCCCGUUCGAGGUCUCCUGGUCGAGGGCGGUCGCCUUCUCCACGAUUAAGAGGACGCUCACCAACACCAAUAGGAAGAUCACCAUCUCCAAGGAGAGGAGGAGGAGGAGGAGGAGGACAUGAUAUUGGUUUUUCGGAUGCUGUAAGUGAUGUUGUAGAUUUAGUGAAGUAUGAAAGCUCUCGCAGGGAAAGAUCGAGAUCUAGAUCUAGAACUAGAGAUAAAAUGCGAGGCGAUGAAUACAACAUGCAUCCAAACGAGUCUCCUACGCGGGGCAGAUCUCCCAACCAGUGGACUAACAAGUCCGGCUGGCAGGCCGGAUCUCCUCCUCGGUGGAGCCGAAACAAUAGCCCUGAAUACCAUUCUUCGUGCCUUGACAGAAGAUCCCGCAGCCCAAGCCCUAAACCUACGCCUACCCUCAGCGACUAUCACUACCGCAUGGGCGUCACCCAGCAGGAGCAUCGCUCUCGCAGCCCAAGCCCAUCCUCCGCCCACAGCCUUCCUCCUCAGAGGCGUCCAGGGGGUCGCAGGCUACCUCCUACCCCGAACCAGCCCUCCCGCCUGCGUUUCGACGUGCAUUCUGUGGAACGAAUGAACUUUCCGUCACAGAUCCACUCUCCGAUGCCCCAGCAUCGCGGGGUGCAGAGUGUUAUACAUUUUCCGCGUCUGAAUCCAUCACCCACUCACUUGCCAAAGCUUCAGAUGCCUCCCCUUUGGCGUGAUAGGACGUCAACUUACUUGGAAACGCAGCCCCCACCCCUCAUAAGGACCGAAUGGCAAGGUGGCAGCUUACCGGGCCACCCACCCGGCCUGAGAGAGCGAGACAUGCAUUUGUAUCCUUCUCUGUCAUACCACCUGGGACACGAUGAACCUCUCAGCUUCGAAGUGGCCGCCAGCAUAGGUAGGGGAUCACGUCAUCUUCCAUCAACACUUCCUAAUGGUUAUAAACCGGGCCAAAGAGAUCGAAUACUGCACAGAGAUUCAUCCAUGGCUGGGUUACGGACAGGUCACGUGGGACUCCGAAGAAGUGAUUCGGACGAAGAUGAUUGGUGCUAACCAAUCGUUUCAAUAGCAUUUCAAAAUGUAGGAAAUAUAGAAUGCUCUAGCCAGAAAACAUCUGAAUUAUAUAUAGGAAUUAAAUAUUCCCAUCACAGGCAUCAUUUGUGCCACAUAUUGUACAUAAUGUUAAAAGUUUAUUUCCGAUUGUGAUUGCCAUUAUCAGGCCCUAGCAAGAAAUAGUUGCUUUUCUAGAGCUAAACCUAUUUCUGGUCAUAUCGUCUAGUAUCAACCCAUUUGGUCUUUCAUGCUGAGAAUGCUGUGAUAACACGGCUUCAAUAUAAGGUUUUAUUUUAAUGCAAUACUUCAAGAAUGAAAAUAUGUGUAUUUGUUAAUGAAUCUGACUUUAAUUUGAGGUAACACAUAACUUCCCUCUUUCUGUCCUGUAAGUGAGGACAAUUACAAGUGUGCUCAUUUAUUUAAAUUUUUGAGUGCUUGAAGUUUAAAUUCUAACGAGACUAUUCCGUUUUCAGAAAGAUUGAUGCAGUGCUUUAUUAAAAGUAUUUUCCAAAAUAAUUAAGACAUUAAAAAAUCUAUAUUUGUUAUAAUUAUAGUAGAAAAACAAACUAUUUAAAAUCAAUUAUUAAAACUCUCAACAAAAUUA